AUGACCGACAAGCUACCGCCAAAUCUCCUGGCGCUCUUCCAGCCCCGACCUCCCUUGCGCUACAUCCCGCCUCAGGACUCUGCGCCAGAGGAGAAAGCCUUGAAGCGGUCGGAACUUUCUGGAGUAGCUGCAUUUCUCCCCCAAUACGAGCAAUACAAGGAAGAAGACGUCUAUCAUCCCACAGAGUCAUGGCUGCAACAACGCGACCGAAAGCGAUGGGAGAAGACGAAGUAUCUGGAAGAGAUUUCAAAACCUGAGUUCUCCGGCUAUCGCCCACAGGAUGACCCUAAAAUCAAGGGCGACGCUGCAAAGACCUUGUUCGUCGGCCGUCUUAGCUACGAGGUCAAAGAAGCAGACUUGGAACGCGAGUUUGGAAGGUUUGGUCCCAUCGAGAGAAUAAGAAUCAUCAAAGAUGAGACCAAGCCCAACCCGAAGAAACCACACCGAGGCUACGCCUUCAUCGUUUAUGAACGAGAAAAAGAUAUGCGAGCUGCCUACAAAGAAACGGACGGUCUUCGUAUCAAAGACCGCAGAGUCGUGGUCGACGUGGAAAGAGGUCGCAUGGUGCCCGGAUGGAGACCAAGAAGAUUCGGUGGUGGCCUGGGCGGUAGAGGAUACACAAAACAAGCACCGGCAAAGCCAACAUUCGGCGGACCACCUGCGGCUGGCUUUACAGGCGGUUUCCGUGGUGGCUUCGGAGGGCGUGGAGGAUUCCGUGGUGGGUUUCGCGGUGACCGAGGAGGCUUUGGUGAUCGUGGAGGAUUUGGUGACAGAGGCGGUUAUGGUGGCCGAGGCGGCAUUGGCUACCAAGGAGGAGGUGGCUUUGGCGGGCGACAAGGAGGAUAUCAAAGUGGGCCUCCGCCUCCCAAUGCGCCUAGCGGGCCUGGUGGGCGGGGCGGAUAUGGGGGAGGUUACGAGGACCGAAGAAACGGUUACGGCGGCGGCAGAGAUCCUCGCGGCGGAACUGGAAGCAACAAAGAUCCUCUUGGCGGACGAGACCGUGGGUAUGAAGAACGCGAUCGUGAUCGUGACCGAGACCGCGACCGCGACCGAGAUCGUGAUCGAUAUGGGGGCGGCCGACGAGAUGACGACGUUGGCUCCCGAAAGCGCUACCACGACAACGAUGGCUAUGACGAUCCAAGACAGCGGCGAAGGUAUUGA